AUGGGGGCAGAGCUCGCCCAAUCACCUUUCAGUGGCGACAGCGGCGGCCAGGCGGCAGCCCGCCCGGAACUGUCUCUCAACUCAACCUCCAGGGCGCACGCCAAGGCCAAGCCGGAGGACGAGGGCCAGGCGGGAGACCAGCUGAGCGUGGCGGAGGUGGCCGAGCAGAUUUUGAAGGACCCAGAGAACACAGCGCGCAUGCAGCGAGUGACAGAUGCGGCGCAGCGGGUGGCGGAGCUGCAGGCAGAGUCGGGGCGGCUGGCGGCGGCCAUGGCGGAGGCCGAGGUGGCCAGUGCGGCGGGCGCAGAGCAGCGGGAGCGCGAGGCGCAGGCCUCAGCGGCAGCCCUGAUUGCAGACGCCGAGGUGGCGGCGGCGGAGAAGCUGCUGCAGGCGGCGCAGCUGCAGGCGCAGUCGGCGGAGGCGGCCAAGGGCAAGUGGGCUGGCGACAUUAACGAGGACGCCGAGCGGCUCGAGUCGGCCAAGGCUGCGGCCGCCGCCGGCGCCGCCGGCGCCCUGGCCAGCCUGCCGCUGGUGGCAUCCGACGGCGGCGGCGGCGCCGCGGCGGCCGUGCUGGCCCUGGCCACCGCGGGGGUGGCCAGCGCGCUUCUCGGGGUGACCUACCGCUACGCUGUGUGCCAAGACCUGGCCAACACGCAGCUCAAGGCAGGCGUGGUGGCGGCGUUUGGGCUGGUGCGGGGCCUGGGUCAGGCCAACGGCAUCCUGGCCGGCGGCGGCGGCAGCAACCGCUUCGCGGGGCUGGAUCUUUCGCUGGAGGCGCUCGGCGGCGCGGGGCUGGCCCUGGGGCAAUGCAUGCUGGUGGCGGCGUUUGCUGCGACUGCGGUAGAGGCGGGCAUGCAGCGCGGGCUGGUCAAGCCCUUUGGCGCGGCAGCAGACGGCAGCGGCGACGGGGCCGGAAGCCCGUGA